AUGGCUGAUAAUUUAAACGAAAUGAUUAUGUCCAUGGCUAAAAAACGAGGCUUAGCGAAAACGUUUUGUCCAUCUGAAAUUGCCCGACAAUUAUCAUCAAAGGAAGACGAAUGGCGUACGUUGAUGGAUCCCGUUCGAACUGCAGCAGCUAAACUUAUCGAUCAAGGUCGGUUAGUCUGUAAACAACAUGGAAUAGUGGUUAACAUACGAACUGUCAAAGGGCCUAUUCGAUUACAAGCGACUGAACAUUAA